GACGUCUAGGGGUCUUGGUCGCGAAGAUGGCGUCCUCCGCCUCCUCCCGGGCUCCGGCGGGGAAGCGAGUGGUGAAUCAGGAAGAAUUGAGGCGGUUGAUGAAAGAGAAGCAGCGUCAGAGCACCAACCGGAAGAAGAUAGACUCUCCCUUCGCCAAGUACAACCGUCUGGGGCAGCUGAGUUGUGCCCUUUGUAACACUCCGGUCAAGAGCGAGCUGCUGUGGCAGACCCACGUCCUGGGAAAGCAGCACCGGGAGAGGGUGGCCGAGCUGAAAGGCGCCAAGGGGGCCGUCCCGGCGCCGUCCGAAAGCACAGCGCCUCCGUCCGUCUCUAAGAGGAAGGCGCCCGACGCUGAGAGUCAGGAGGCCAAGAGGGUGAAGGCCGCGGCCCCGGCGCCCCAGGUACUGCCCUCUGCGUCCGCUCUGCCCCCGGGAAAGGAGUCCCCCAGAGCCGCCACCUCCUCUAAACCUUCGGGACUCGGCUUACUCCCCGCUUAUGAAGAUGAGGAGGACGACGAUGACGAGGAGUGUGAAGGAGAAGGGAGAGAGGAGGACGGCAGCAAACAGGCCUCCGACACACAGGGCAAAGAACCCUCACUUCCCUCGUCGCGGGAGGCGUCGAGUGUGCUGCCAUCCGGUUCUUUUAAUACAAAUCUUCCCACGGCCCCCCUGAUUCCUCAUUCCGGGUCAAUUGAGAAAGCAGAAAUCCACGAGAAAGUGGUGGAAAGGAGAGAGAACACCGCAGAAGCGUUACCCGAAGGGUUUUUUGAUGACCCUGAGGUAGAUGCCAAAGUACGAAAGGUUGAUGCUCCAAAAGAUCAGAUGGACAAAGAGUGGGACGAGUUUCAAAAAGCCAUGAGACAGGUCAACACCAUUUCCGAAGCGAUCGUUGCCGAGGAGGAUGAGGAGGGACGGCUGGAUCGGCAGAUUGGGGAGAUUGACGAACAGAUCGAAUGUUACCGUCGGGUGGAGAAUCUGCGGAAUCGCCAGGAUGAGAUAAAGAACAAACUUAAAGAGGUUCUGACCAUAAAAGAACUGCAGAAAAAGGAAGAGGAGAAUACAGACAGCGAUGAUGAGGGAGAACUGCAGGACCUACUGUCCCAGGAUUGGAGGGUAAAAGGGGCUUUGCUGUAAGGUUUUAAAGAUUCAAGCUUUCUACCUGCCUCCACUGUUUUAUAAACAACUGUCUCUACCUCAUUUCUAGCGAUUUUGGUACGUUUGUUGUUGAGAGAAAAUGAGAAAGUGAGCAUUCGCAUUUUGGGGUGCUAUUUGGUGAAAAAUAUUUGAGGUAAAAACUGUUCUUACAUUUUUUGAAGUGUUACAUAACAAUGCCAGCUUUUUCACACAUUCACAGUCAACUGAUUUUCAGCUGUAAAAUCUGUAAAUUGUAAAAACUGUACAUAGUUAAAUAUAUAUUUACUUAAGUAACUUCUGAGAUUUAAUACAAGUAACUGACAGACAAGUAUUUGUAUGAACACUGCUGUUUGGGAUGUAUUUUCUGAUGCCUACAUCAAAUAGAUGGCUUUUUUGUUUGCUUCUUUUUUUUUAAGGAUGCUGCUUAUAAACACAAGUCAUUCUGUU